CCUCCAUGCCAGUCCCGCUCUACUCUCUCUCUUUACUCUCUCUCUCUCUCUCCUCCUCCUCCUCCUCCCUCUCUCUCUCCCUCUCCCUCUCUCUCUGUAUCUCUCUAUCACUCUCUCGGACCGGACGCACGCGAUGGACUCGGACGGCACUCAGAGCGGCUCGGACUCCCCUCACGACCCCUGCAAAAUGUUCAUCGGCGGUCUGAGCUGGCAGACUACUCAAGAGGGUCUGAAGGAUUAUUUCUGUAAAUUCGGUGAGGUGAAGGAGAGCAUGGUGAUGCGAGAUCCGGUUACAAAGCGCUCCAGGGGCUUUGGGUUUGUCACAUUUGCCGAUCAGGCCGGAGUGGAUAAAGUUCUGGCUCAAACCCGACACGAGCUCGACUCCAAAACGAUCGAUCCGAAAGUGGCGUUCCCACGCCGAGCUCAGCCGAAGCUGGUGACCAGGACGAAGAAGAUCUUUGUGGGAGGUUUAUCCGUGAACACCACCAUCGACGACGUGAAGCAGUACUUCGACCAGUUCGGGAAGGUGGAUGAUGCCAUGUUAAUGUUCGAUAAAACCACCAACAGACACAGAGGUUUUGGCUUUGUGACGUUUGAGAACGAGGAUGUGGUGGAGAAGGUGUGUGAGAUCCACUUCCACGAGAUCAACAAUAAGAUGGUGGAGUGUAAAAAGGCUCAGCCUAAGGAAGUGAUGUCACCAGCAGGGUCCUCCAGGGGCAGAGCGAGGGUCAUGCCCUACGGCAUGGACGCCUUCAUGCUGGGGAUCGGCAUGCUGGGUUAUCCAGGAUUUCAGGCAGCGACCUACACCGGCCGCAGUUACACCUCCAUCACUCCCGGAUACACGUACCAGUUCCCAGAAUUCCACUUAGAGAGGACCCCCCUCCUGACUUCACCCCACCCUCCCGAACUCACAGCUAUCCCUCUGACAGCAUAUAACCCCAUGGCAGCGGCGGCGGCUGCGGCGGCUGUGGUCAGAGGCUCCGCCCCCUCUCGCUCGGCCGGCUUCCUGAGCACCAGCAGUCCUGGACCAAUGGCAGAGCUUUACGGAACAGCCAGUCAGGAGUCGACAGUGAGCAGUUACAUCAGUGCCGCAAGCCCCGCCCCCAGCACCGGCUUCAGCCACAGCCUCGGGGGUCCUCUGAUUGCUACAGCCUUCACUAACGGCUACCACUGAGACCGCUGUUGAAUGGACGAGCCAAUCACGCGCUUCCAUGGAGAAAAAACUACACUAGUGUUUCCUGUGUUUCUCUUACAUCACUUCCUGUACUAACACUGUCUCUGUCUCACUCUUAACAGAAGGACAUGUAAAUAUUUUAUUUCUGGUACGAAGCAGAAGCUUUCUUGUUUUUUAUCUUUUAAAUAUUUUCAUUCUUCCUGUUGAUUUUUUUUGUCCGAGACGCUGUUUACUUUUGUUCCAUGUUUUUUCCGCGACACUGUAGGUUUACGAUCGUAGCCUCACGUUUUAAGAUGUCGAAACAUUGACACGAGCAAUAACGUGUGUCCUGAGCGGGCAUGUGCCGUCUUUACUGUUUACAUCACGAGAAUUCACAGGAGACAGAAGAUAAUAAUGAUAAUAUGUUAAUUUUGCUAAUAACAGCUACAACAGAAAAUCAUCUCACACGUCCUGGCAGCUUAGCUUUUGUUAGCUAGCUAGCUAGGACUAACACUGAACAUUCCCAACAUCUAUAAAGCUCACCUAAAAUCCUCAUGAUCUGUCAUGCUAGCUACCAUUAUCAGUGAUUUCUAGCUAGCUAGCUAACAUUAGCAGAAAGUUAUGAACAAGAACAGUUACUAGUAUGAAAAAAUCCUCUCAGAAAUCCAGUCAGAUUAACUCAUCUUAAGCAGCAUGCUAACCUUAGCAAUAAAGACUUAAAAUAUUUAGAUAAGUCUUUAACCUUAAACACUGUCAUCUUUUGUUAGCUGUAAGCUACCUAGCAUUAGCAGUGAUUACUAGCUAGCUCUCAGUCAGAUUAACUUACUUUGACUCACUAGCUAACAUUAGCAGUGACUUUAACAGUAUCUCUUAAAGUCAUGUUACAUUUUGUUAGAUUAGCUAGCUAGCAUUAUUGGUAAAGAUUACGAGGCAAAUCCUGUCAGGUUUGCUGAUGUUAUGUUUGUUAGCUAGCUAGCAGUGAAAAAGUUUAACUGUAAAUUUCCUCUCAGAAAUCCUGUCAGAUUAACUCAUGUUAGCUAGCUAGCAGUAAAGAUUAUGAACACAUACGAGUUUAUCUUAAGAAACAAUUUACUGUCUAAUCCAAUGUUUUGUUUUUUUUUUCCAAAAUGUCAUGUUUGGUAGCUGGUUAUUUAGCGAGCACAAGCAGGAAAAUCCCGGAAUAUAAUCAUGUGACUUAAAAUUCCACUCCUGUCAGGUUAGCUGAUGCCAUGUUAGCUAGCUAGCCACUGUUAGCAGUGAAAGUAAAUGUUUUGAAGGAAUCCUGUCAGCUUAGCUGGUGAUGUUAACUAGCAAGCUUUAGCAGCUAGAACUAUGGACAUUUUUACACGUGGAUUCAAAAUUCCUCUCAGAAAUCCUGUCAGGGUAGCUAAAGAUGGCUAGCUAACAUUAGCAAUGUGCAGAACUAUGGAUAUUUAUACACAUGGCUUUAAAAUUCCUCUCAGAAAUCCUGUCAGGUUAGCUGAUGUUAACUAGCAAGCUUUAGCAACUAGAACUAUGGACAUUUUUGUGGAUUCAAAAUUCCUCUCAGAAAUCCUGUCAGGUUAGCUGAAGAAUGCUAGCUAACAUCAGCGGUGAAAUGAUCAAAUGAGGUUUAAAAUGUUCUGUUGAAAUGUGCCAGGUAACAUCUUAGGUAGCUAGUUAGCUAACUAGCAUUAUCUGUAACAAUAAUGUGAUAUGAAGCCACUCUCAGAAAUCCUGUCAGGUUAGCUCCUGUCGUUAGCUAGCUGGCUAACAAAGCUGUAUAGUGCCACGUGCAGGCGUUACCGUGGCGACCGGCACAUGCCUCGUCCUGAACACUGUUCGAUUUCAUUUUUUAAAAAAAGGAUACGAUGCAUUUUUUUCAGAUGCUAAUUUUUCUACGGAAAAUAAAUAUUCGGAAGGAAUGUCGAAAACAAAAUGUAUAUUUUUGGUAGUUUUGGAACUGGAUUUUAUGAUAUUUGAUGGUGAUCAGAUGAACCAAGGACAUAUUUUUCAUGGAAUUUGAUCUUUUUUUGUCUUGUAAAGGAUUUUAAACGCCGUCUUUUGGAUCUUUUUGAGAUCAAAAUCGAUUCACUGUGGAAAACAUCUGUGAUGUGUGUGUGUGUGUGUGUGUGUGUGUGUGUGU